UCGCCCGGCCUGGAUCGGUGGAAGUCAAGAGGGGUGUAAAUCGGGGCGAUCCUGCAGCCCUGGUGUGUGUCGGGAGCACGGCAGCUCCUGGAGAGGAGCUGUCCUGCAGGCCGAGCCCUGGUCAGGCCACGGUCGGUGUUUGCAGGCUCCCCCAGCCGCAUGUCACCCUCCCAGCAGUCAGGGAGGAGUCCAUGUGAAGUGGCCAGAAAUGCUGCUCUGCACCCAGAGCUGGUCCAGAUCAGGUUUGCACGUCUGAGCAGUUCCGUAAUGCGCAGAGCUGGUGUUUGUGGCCGUGGAUGUCAUGGUCAGCCAGAGUUCUAAGCAUGUGGAUUCCCCUGCUCCUGAGGACAAUGCCGUGUCCCACAAAGGCUGUCGAAUCCCUGGCAGCCACCUGGUUGCUGCUCACCUUUCUCAGAGCUGCCCGGCUGCCAGGUGGAAGCUGACUGUAGUUGUCAGUCUCCUGACAGUUGGCUUAUGAACCUCAUCAUCACCUCUCUGCUGCCUCCCCUUGCAUGGCUGGUUAUGUCUUUGGGAUGCAUGUAUGUUCCCCAUUUCUGUUCCUCCCUGCUCCUAGACUCCAUGCCCACUACCUGCUCCCCGAGCCACAUUCCUAAUCAUUGAUGCUCCUUUGCCUCUCUAAUCCUGGUUGCAGGAUCUGGUCUUUUGCUUCCUUGUUUCCUGGUUGAAAUUAGCUGCUUCUGUCCUUGUUUCAACUGUUAUAGUUCUUGUUCCAGGCUGUGGUUUGCAUUACAGGCUCCCUGAUUUCAGACCCCUCAGGCCAACUUCUGACUCCUUUUGCCUCACCCAUUGGAUUUGUGGAUCUGUUUGUACCUUGGUUGUCACUGACUUCUGCUUCUUUAUGUCAUUCCAGCACUACUGUUGUCUUGUCUAUACCCAACAGAUGUUUUCUAGUCUCAGCUGAAACACCCUGGAGGGGCUCAUAAGAGUGUGCUGAGAAGAGAGGAGUCUCAGGCUGCGGUCAUAGCUGGCUGCUGACCAGCAGGAAGAGCAGACUGCACCUUGCUGUGUGCUGUGGUGCCCUCUCAGGAGACAGUGACACCCCCUCAGAUCUGCUGGUGGAACAGGCCAUUGCUUCCUAACCCUAUUCUGCCACAGUGAUCCAUGUUAAAAAAUGGCUAGUCUUCAGCCUUACUACUAACCUGGAUCGCUGUGACAGAAACAGAACUGCACAUAAAAUUACAGAUUUGAGAGCACUGAACAUGGAAGGAGGCUGGAGAUAAGUAGAUGGGGGCAGUCAUCUCUUCACUUGCUAAAGCCCUGUGUGACUACUCAAACUGCUUACUACUCUUACCUCCCAGUAACAUUGCAAUGAGACGAGAUGUCCAAGAGGGCCAGGCUCGGUGUUUAUCUCGCCUAGGAAGGCACAAGGAGGCUCUGGAUAUUGCACAAAAAAUGAGAGAUGGUGCUACUAACACAGAUCACUUGACAACGGUUCUAAGCCUGCAGUUUGCCAUUUACCAGGGCCUGGAAAAUGUAGGAGAAAAGAUCAUAUGUCUGCAGCAGCUGAUCUGCUUACAUCCUUUCAACCCUUGGUACUGGAAGUUACUUGCUGAAGCUUAUAUGAGCCUUUUACACAGUUUGUCUCCAUUAGACAUUCCAGAAGCAAAUCUAAAUCAGUCUGAAAAAGUUAGUUUUAGUGAUAGGAGUUUCAAAACAUCAGCUGGAAGAGAGAUUAGUUUGCAGCCUGACCCAUCAGACAGCCAGAAAGAAGGCCCUUGGUCCAGCCUUGCUACAGAAACAAAGGGAGAGAAUGCAGUGACUUGUAGGACCAGCCAAGUUGUAAAAGAAUUCCUUUGCACUUCAGAAGACCUGGAAAGGAUGGAUGGAGGGAAACACACAGCUUCUGAGUCCUGGAAGCAGAACAUGUGCAAGAACGUUGGAAUGAAGGCAUGUGCGUCAUUUAUUAGAGCAAGGCUUUUACUUCAGCUUACCCAGUUGCAACAGUCAUCCUUUGCACUAGAGAAUAACAUGAAAGGUCAAAAAGAAAUUGAUGACCAAGUGGCACGACUUGGUUUCAAUGAAAACUCCUUGCUGUUGAUGACCAAGGUUAUGGGCCAGGAUCUUGUACCAGAAAAACUAAAAGAAGAAUUUCAGGGUGAGGUAAAAUGCAUAGGCCCUUCAGCACUGUCAUCACUGGUAACUGCAUCAGCCGCAGAAUUUGAAAUCAAAUGGUUCAGUAAUCUCCAAGAUGAUUUGUGUCACUUUGACAGACAAUUCUAUUCAGAUUGAUAUCUCUCACCUUCUGUAUCUUAAAUGUUUCAUUGUAUUUAUUCUCAUAUCUCCAAAUGAUUAUGGAAUAGUAUAUGCAAUAAAGUUCAUACUGCA